ACAGACGUGAUACGGUCCGUCCUUGUUUUUAAUAAAAAUACAAAUAACAAUUAAAAACAAUUUGUAUAUUAAACGGGUGCCCCAGACAUCGGCGAAAGGAUUUGGAACUGCAGAUGGACCAGGAUGUUUCCGGAGGCGCUUGUCUUGUUGUUGCUGGUCGCCUUUAAUGCCGGUUCGUGUUCUUCGCUGGGAAAGGAUGACGAACGAUUCCACGAGGAACUGGUGGUUCGCCCACUAUCCGGUGACCAUGUCAACACCUAUUUCCAGUUCACCACCCGCUGGCAUUACGGGGAAAAGGAUAAUCUUUACCACACCCAAUUGACGCCUCGUGUGAUUGCGGAGCUGCUGCAGCAGUUUGCCGUGAAGGAGCUGCACAUUGGGCUGACCCAGGGACUGUGGCGCUACGAGACGUGGGGCUACCCCAUUGUGGAGGCCACCAGCGGGGCGGAGAUGUGGGCGUGGUUCAGCGGCCGCAAUCUGACCAAUGGCGAGGUGGACCGCCAGUGGAAGGAGCUGGCCAACGUGUUCUCCGGCGUUCUCUGUGCCUCCUUGAAUUUCGUUGACAAUACGAACAGUAUUGCGCCGCGGCACUUGAUCCGUCCACAGUUCAUGCCCGCCAAUGGCCAGAGAUUCGUGCGAUACUCGACGCUGCCGCGCGAGAUCGUGUGCACGGAGAACCUGACGCCGUGGAAGAAGCUACUGCCCUGCGGCAGUGCCUCCGGCUUUGCAUCGCUCCUCAAUUCGGGCCAUGUGCACAACACCAAGUACCAUUCGCUGGGCCUGAAGGUGCGGGUGCUGUGCGAGGACCACGACGAGGACAACUGCAUCGUGGAGCUGACACAGACCGCCAAUUUGGUCUACGAUCUGCGCCUGUUCGAGCUGAGCAACAAUGACUUCUCGCUGCGCCGCCUUUUCGGCAUGGGACUGAAUGGCUUCUGUGAGCUGGCCGCGAGCUCCAAGAUCUAUGUGCAGCGCAACGAGCAGGGCGAGCGCUUCCAACUGGUGCCGCCGCCCACGCAAGAGGAUGUGCGUAGCACCCGCGGUGGCCAUAGUGUGAUCUACUCCGUCUACGACAUGCACGAACAGUUCAGGGAUGCCGGCGAACGGCUGUUCAAUGUGGCCUGGUUGUCGCCGAAGAGCGAGAAUCGCCGGCGCAAUCUGGCCAGGCCCUCGCUGCCGCCCGUCACGGUCCAUCGAUAUCUUCUGGGGCAUGGCCAGGAGCGGGGCAGGAUCGUCACCGAGGUGACCAAUUCCCACUACGAUGCCCUGCCCAUUAUGGUGCAGGAGAUGGUGCCGUGGUAUGUGCACGCCUACCUGCACACCCUCUCCAUCCGAAGGAAACCGCAACGGGUGAAUGAGUACGGUCGCCAGCGGCUGCCCUUCAAGCUGCUCCACUACACGCCCGGCAAGCAGCGGGAGUUGCCCUCCCACCUGGAGAUCGGCUUCAUGCUGCCCGGCCAGACCUCCGCGCUGAUCACCAUCGAUGUCGAUUAUCUGCUGCUCAAGUGGCUGGAGUAUCCGCCGGAUGCGAAUCACGGCCACUACAUUGGCGCGGCCAUCGUGUCCAGCCAACUGCCGAUGGGCCGCAACUACACCGCUCUGCCGCCGGAGGGGCAUCUCUUCGAGCACUCGUUCAAUGCCACGCGACCCAGCUAUGUGUUGAGCCUGCACACGGAGGCGCUGAUUGUGUCGCUGCCCACGCCCGACUUCAGCAUGCCGUACAAUGUGAUCUGUCUGGCCUGCACGGUGGUGGCCCUGGCCUUCGGACCCAUCCACAGUGUGGCCACCAAGAUGAUCAUUGUGGGUCGUCAGGCGUCGGCGCCCAAGAACUUCAUCAAGAAGAUCCUGAACAAGAUCUUUCGACGCGGCAAGGCAGGCGAUCAGGCAGCAGCAGUACCGCCAGAAGCUGCAGAAGAAGUGGCCUUAAACGCAGCCCUAGCAUCGGGAUUGGGAUCGAGUUCGUCGAGAGCAACCACAUCAAGAGCGGGUGGUGACCAGCCGCUGCUGGAAGAUCUCGACGAGGAGGAGGAGGAGCAGGACUAGGAGGUGAAAAACACAACAGCAGCCACGGGAGUCGUGAUAAGCUCCCACCGAAAAAAAAAAAACCUUUUUAAUUCCAAUAAAAUAAAUUACAGAAAGUA